CACUCUUUAAUUUGAGUGCUUCUUGAAAUGGGUGAGACAGCAAAAGGAGAUGCUACAAAACCAUCACCGAAUCAAAUCUCCCCACCUAAAGAUUCUUCACUUGAUCACCAAACACUAAACCCAUCACUCCUCCACCACCAACACCAAUCUUUCCUGUCUUCUCCCAUCUUCAUCCCAACCGUCUCUUCUCCAGGAGCUCCUGUCAUCCCCAAACGACCACGUUUCAGCUCUUCCGGCGGUCUCUCCCCACCUCAAUGGAGAGCCUUGCCGUCACCUUCCACCGUACCAACCGCCUCCACAAUCUCUUCAUUACCGUCCCCUUCCACCGCCGUCAUAGCAGCCUCUUCUACCGAAACCGCCGGAUCUUCACCGCUGGUUCAAGAAGCUACAAACACCGAGAAACAACAACCCGAAACGGAGUCCUUUCAACAUAAAUUUAGAAAAGGGAAAUACGUGAGCCCUGUGUGGAAACCAAACGAGAUGCUAUGUCUAGCAAGAGCAUGGAGAGUCCAGUACCAAAACCAGAGAACCGGGUCUGGAUCCGGAUCCGGGUCGGGCGAGGGAAGAGGGAAAACAAGGGCUGAGAAAGACAGGGAAGUAGCCGAGUACCUAAACCGGAAAGGUGUAAACCGGGAUUCGAAAGUCGCUGGCACAAAAUGGGACAACAUGCUUGGUGAGUUCAGGAAAGUGAACGAGUGGGAGAAAGGAGCAGAUAGAGAGAGGUACGGUAAGAGUUACUUCAGGCUCUCUCCUUACGAGAGGAAACAACAUCAACUUCCCGCGUCUUUCGACGAAGAAGUGUACAAUGAAUUGGCUCUUUUCAUUGGUCCACGUGUCAGAGCUCCGACUAUUAGCCGCAGUGUGAGUGGCGGAGCUACGGCGGAUGUUACCUUAACGCCUCCGUCUGCUGAGACGCUUCCUCCUCCUCUUCAUCCACCGGUUAUGACUUCAAGAGAUGAUGAUAUUAAUAAUAACCCUAUCACUUCCAUCGGAAGAGGGAAGAGAUUAGCAUUAUCAACAGUUGGAGAUGAUCAUCCUCAGUAUCCGUAUUCAAGUAACAUUGCUAGAGGGUCAGGUUUAUUCUCUAAUAGAUCAUUGUACUAUAAUCCUUCUUGCGAGAGGAUUCCUUCUUCUUCUUCAUCUUCCUCUCUAAAAGAUCUUCGCCGUGUUGGGAAAAUACGGUUAACUUGGGAGGAAUCGGUUAACUUGUGGGCUGAAGAAGGAGAGGUUGAUUAUGGGAGAAUUAGGGUUUGUGGGUCGAGUUUCUUGAAUGCAGAUGAGCUCACCUACUUGGAUGAUUCCAUGGUGGCUUCUACAAUGGAAUCUUUCGAAGAUGGACCUCUCAAAGGAUUUUCUUUGGAUAAAUUCAUUUCUGGUCAACAUCUUAAAGUCUUUGGGAGACAAAAGUCAACUUCAUCAUCUGCUCCUCCACUUUCAGUGAAUAUGGCAUUUGAUAGGGCUCAGCUUCCACUCUCCGAGCACAUUCACAAAUCAAUAUCAACGUUGGAGUUCCAAGACCCAUCAGAGCACUGCUUGAGUAAAUUGCGGGUGCCGGCGGGGAAUCUUCCGAGCAUAACUGAGCUCGCACGGUAUCUUCAAGAACCACCGCCGGAAAAUCUCCGGUUUCCUCUUCGACUAGACGUUUACAAUGACUUGCCACUGGGAAAAGAGCUCUUCUUCUCCACCUCCUCCACGGAGCUACUUGAUUGUAGAGCAAUCACAUAUGAUAUCCUCGGUCACAUAAUGUCCCCCUUAAAUAAGGGUUUCGUGAUCUUUAACAAAGACUCGCUGAUACCGCUUUGGGAAGACUGCGUUAACCGAAUGGUUUCAAAGUUUUGUGAAAUGGUGGUUUUGCGUAAACCGGAUUCGUCUUCUUGUGUUGAAAACGUCCAAGAUCAGUGGCCUAACGUGAUGGGAUUUGUAAAAGGGUUUGGUUUAUGGAGGGGAGAAGAGGUUGAUAAGGUACGAGAAGGUGCACCUGAUCCUUCUUCUCUAUUGGUCGAAAAGAUUCUUUGGUCGUACAAUGAUCUUCCAUACAUUCUUGGUUAUCACGCAAAAGGGCUCACCGUAACGUUCUGCUCUUUGAGCCGCUCUUCGCAUGAUCGAGUGACCUGCACUGAUCUUUAUUCAUUUGAUGUCUCGUCACCAUCGGACCGAAUCAAGGCAUUGGUUCCUUGUUACCGUCUCGCUUCUCUUUUACCUUUGCUUGCAGAUCAGUGCACUGCGAGUCGUUUAUGUUACAACGACUACGAGAGAAUCAAUCAUGGAGAUUUAUUGACUGAGAUGACCCCUCACACGGUGACUAAGUAUUACUCAAGCAAGAGAAACUGGAACGUAGCGAAAGGAAUCUACGACUUUCUCGACCAACGAGUUCCACACGCGGAGCAUUUGGACAGGGCAAGCGAGAAGGAUCUCUCGUUGAGCGUUAAGCCACGUGGAAUCAGAGUCAAACCUCUAAAUGUUGACCAGCUCAUCGAGUCUCUGAUGUGUGUGACGAGAGCGCUUGUUGCGCUUCACGACCUUUCGUUCAUGCAUCGUAACAUGGGAUGGGAAAAUGUAAUGAAAAGCGAGACGACGACAACAUCGAACGCCGAAUGGUUUGUUUGCGGGUUCGAAGAAGCGGCUGAGUCCCCACAGCUCAACCCGCACCGCCUUGCGGCACAGGAAGAGGAGGAGGAGCGUGGGAGACACGCGCCGGAGAUGGAGAGAGGAUUGCAUGCGGUGAAAGUGGAUGUGUGGGGAGUAGGUUAUAUGAUAAAGACUUGUGGAGUGAGUAAUGUUCCAAAGAUGUUAAGAGAACUUCAAGGUAAGUGUUUGGAACCGAACCAAGAGAACCGACCGACCGCAGCCGAUUGCUUCCACCACCUCCUCCAGGUUCAGCCUGCCGUUCCAUCGUCGUAUUAGUUUUUUUUAAAACUAGUCUCUAGUCGUUUUAAAACCUUUUCUGUUUGUUUCAUACACGAAGGUUUGAACGUUCUCCGUCUUAAUAAUUUUCACAGCUUUGAACGUGUAGUACUUGAUCCGUUUCGCAAGCAACGUUUCGUUUCAAAUACACUAUUUUGGAAAUGAGUUAUUGUUAGCAUUUUAUGAGCGUACUAUCGAUUUCAUUAAUUAAACUGUUUUAGGUAGUAUUUGUUAUAUACAUUUACAAAUAAUCAGUGUUUAAUGUCAUAUCAAAACUUUUUUAAAAUAUACCAUUUUAUAUGGCUCUAAAUGGUGACAUAGAAAAUUAGGAAUAGCAUGGGCAUUCGGGAUCCCAAUCGGGUUUCGGUUUAGUCCAAUGGGGUUUCGGUUUUUCGGGUUUAUCAAAAUCAGCCCCAUUCGGAUUAUAUGAAAAUUCGGUUUGGGACCGGUUCGGGUUCUAUCGGGUUCGGGUCCCAAUCGGUUCUUAGGUUUAAAUGUAUCUGAUUUAUAUCUACUUCGUAACCAAAAAAUAAGUAAACUCGGUUCUUCGGUUUUAAAAUACUUUAUUUGUACCUAUUUUGUAACCAAAACAUAAAUAAAAUCAGUUCAAAAAAAGAAAGGAACAUCAAAUGUGAUCAUUCAAAAUCAAAUGAAAGGUAAACAUAGUUAUUGAUAGAAAGAAAACCAAAUAAAUGAAAGCAUAAAACGAAAACCAAGUUCUCAUGAAAUAAAAAACAUUAUUCAAUGAAAACAAAACCAAAAUCUAAAAAAUUCAACCUUUAACUGCCACCUUCAACCAUCAAUUCAUAUAAUAGAUAAUUAUUUUAGAUGUUCAAUAUAUUUUGAAUACAUAUUAGGAAUUAAGAUCAUGUUUGGUACAAGUUAUUUUUGGGAAUUUUGAAUGUUUCGGGUUCUAUCGGAUAUUCAUUUAGGUUCGGGUUCGGUUCGGAUAAUACCCAUAAUCCGAAAUACCAUAAAACAAGAUCCAUUCGAUAUUUAUACCGGGUUCGGAUCGGUUCAGAUUCAUUUUUAUCGGAUAUGAUUCGGUUCGGGUUUUCGGGUUCGGUUUAUUUGUCCAGCCCUAAUUAGGAACAAGACUUAGGUAACCUUUAAAUUCACCUCUCCUCUUAUUACCAAUCAAAAUGCCACAUAGAUUAAUAAAAAAAUAGAUUAAUUUUAUUUAAAAAAACUGAAAUAAUUGAAAAAAACGCCAAUUUUAAUGAUACUAACGCCACUAACUAAACCCUAAACUUUAAAUCUAUACCCUAAACCCAAAUCCUAAACCCUAAACCCAAACCGUAAACCCUAAACCCAAACCCUAUAUCCUAAACCCAAAUCCUAAACCCAAACCGUAAACCGUAAACCCAAACCCUAUAUCCUAAACCCAAAUCAUAGACUCUAAACUCAAACCAUAUAUCCAAACCUAAUCUCUACCCCCUAAACUCAAAUCGUAAACCCUGAACCCAAAUCCUAUAUCCUAAAGGUUUGGGUUAAUGUUGAUGUUGUUUUUUUAGGGUUUAAGAUUUGGGUUUAGAGUCUAGGUUUGGGUUUAGGAUCUAGGGUUUGAGUUUAAGGUGUAGGGUUUUGGUUUAGAGUUUACGGUUUGGGUUUAGGGUUUAGGAUUUGGGUCUAGGGUUUAGAGUUUGAGUUUAGAAUUUAGGGUUUAGGAUUUAGAUUUAAAGUUUAGGGUUUAGAAUUUAAGAUUUAUGGUUUAGUUAGUGGCGUUAGCGUCAUUAAAAUGAGCGUCAUUAUUUGUUUUGAAUUAUUUUAGAUUUUUUUUUAAAAGGUAAUAUAUUUUAUUAUUAAUCUAUGUGACAUUUUGAUUGAUAAUAAGAUGGAAGGUGAAUUUAAAAGUUCACCUUAGGGAUGAACCUAAUUUUUGUUCGAAAAUUAGUGAGAACAAGGGAUUCCUAUUUUUUUUUUUUUAAUAUUUACAUUGAGGAAUAAUUGUUAUAAAGAACUAUAAAACAAAAACAUUCCUUAU